AUGUUGGGAGUUCCAGGAAAAGCUCGCACUGGGAGAAUGCAGAGCUUCGACAAUGAUGAAAGAGAUGAGGAUGGUGGACGUAAGCAACGGCACGGAGUCUGUCCCAAGUUGGCGAUUCCCACCAUGGCUGGUGAUAGGUAUGUCUCAAAACGUUUCCUCCGCAACCUCUUCGCCCAGAGCGCAGAGGAUCAAACCACUUAG